CUACUGGCACACAACACUUGCAGUAUAAGGUUUCAGGAGGAUAAGAAUAGUAAGCGAGGGCCGUGGUUUGACAAGAUAGUUUUGAUUAUUAGCGUCAAAAUAAAUUAAUACCGUCAAUGAAUGGAGCUGUGCCUUGAGGAGAAGGAGCUACAGCGUCAUAAGAGCGUGCGGUGCUCGUAAGGCUGAUUUAUGGUCCGCGUUACACCAACGCAGAGCCGCUGCGCGUCGACGCGUACCCUUCGCCGUAAGUUCUGCGUCGAUUUAACGCGGAACCAUAAUUUAGGCUUUAUGCGUAUAGAUCGUAUGGCGACCUGUUGUCACAAAUGGAGAGAAAUAUAACGCUCGCUUUUAUAUAGGUUAGUUUGCAUCUCGAAGUAUAUUUCAAAUUUGUCUGUAAAAGGGAGUAAUAGCACUUUACCGGGGCAGCUAAACGCGCUAAGUGUCGUUUACCACCAUGGACAGGGAUGCGUACCGCUACUGCAGCAGCCUGGUCACCAUACCCACACAGUCCUACCAGCAGUUCUGGUCCUCGCAUUUUGUAGAUUACAUCGACAAGGAGUUGGGCUAUUCUAAAUUUUUCAAGAAAUAUUUGCUACCCAAUCACCCAUGCAUGUUUUCAAAAAGGUUCACAGAGGACUGGAAAUGUAGAAGAGAGUGGGUGACUGAGGAGGGCAAACCUAAUUUCCAGAAAUUGCUACAAGAGUUUGAUGAGACUCCUGUUCCAGUUGCAAACUGCAAUACGAAGGAAUACAAUGCCAAUCCUAAACAAGUAAUGCCAUUUAAAGAAUUUGCACACUACUGGAAGGAAUACAUCCAGAAUGGACACUCAUCGCCCAAAGGAUGCCUUUAUCUUAAAGAUUGGCAUAUGACAAGGGACUUUCCAGACCAUAAUGUUUACACCACACCAGUCUUCUUUUCUUCAGACUGGCUCAAUGAAUACUGGGAUACCCUGGAGGUGGAUGACUAUCGGUUUGUCUAUAUGGGACCCAAAGGCUCAUGGACCCCAUUCCAUGCCGAUGUAUUCCGCUCCUACAGCUGGUCUGCAAACAUCUGUGGCAGGAAGAAGUGGCUCCUGUACCCUCCGGGUCAGGAGGACUUUUUACGAGACACUCAUGGUAACCUUCCUUAUGAUGUUACGUCAACUGAACUUCAAGACAGAGGCCUUUUUCCACACUUCGAAGAAGCCUGCCAACCUCUUGAAAUCAUUCAAGAGGCAGGUGAAAUCAUUUUUGUGCCAAGCGGCUGGCACCAUCAAGUUUAUAAUCUGGAGGAUACAAUCUCGAUUAAUCAUAAUUGGCUGAAUGGCUGCAACAUUGAUAUCAUGUGGGAAUUCCUUCAGAAUGAGCUGUCAUCUGUUCAAAAAGAGAUAGAUGAGUGGAAAAACACGAUGGAUUCAUGGCAUCAGCACUGCCAGGUUAUCAUGAAGGCCUGCUCCGGUAUUAAUUAUGGGGAAUUUGCCUCCUUCUUGAAAAUCGUCGCGGAAAACCGGAUGGCUUUCCUGACUGCCUGCUCGUCUGGGGACUCCUCCGAUUACUCACGACAUCUGUCUGAGACCCUGACCGCACUUGGACCUUACCAUGCUGCCUUCGACCUACAAAGAGUGGCUCACCUUAUUGAAUGCCUCCUGUGCAAUGAAGACUUUAAGCGGCUUGAUCACUCAACAUUGACUUUGCAGCCAGAAAUCAUGUUACAACAAAUCCAAGACACCAUACAGUCCACAAGAGGGCAGCACCUGCUUUAUCAGGAAUGAUGCACCUGUCUUAACCAUGUUAUCACCUGGCAGAAGCUUGAAUGAAAAGUGCCCAUUUUGUUCAGUGUUAAAAAAUAAAGAUAAAAGGCUUUAAAGUCAUUGCAGUCUUACAUUUUGUUUGU